AUGCUACGUCAAAGCUGUCACCAUUUGGCUAAAAAGGUCGAUGUAUGUGUUAUAGGUGGAGGCCCAGCAGGUAUUGCGGCGGCGUUGCGCGCAGUGGAUUAUCAGAAAAAGGCCUGUAUCGUUGAGGCAUCUCGGAUUGGUGGAGCGGAUCUUUGGAAUGGUGCAUUACAGUCCAAAACGCUUUGGGAAAUGUCGAAGUUUGUCCGGUUGAUGAAUGGACAAACUGCCAAUCGUUUCAUGAAAUCUCGCAAGCCUCUCCCGAAUAUAGAGUUUGAAAAUGUUCAAAAGGCUGUACAAUAUGCCGCCGAGUUUCGACACAAACAGAUUUUGCAACAACUGGAUGCUGUUGAUAUCGACGUUAUACCUGGUUAUGGUGCCUUUACUUCUUCAAACAGUGUUGAAGUUCAGUUAGAAAAUAGGGAAACGGAAACUGUGGAAGCAGACUACUUUGUUAUUGCAAGUGGCGCUCAACCGAGAAAACAUGCUUCUGUAAUUGGUGAUGGCAAGGUUGUUUUUACCUCGGAUGAUAUCAUGACCCAACCUUUUCCGAAAAGCAUGGUUAUCAUAGGUGCGGGUGUGAUUGGGUGUGAAUUUGCCUCUAUUUUUGCAAACUUUGGUAUGACAAAGGUAAAUGUAAUUGAAAAGAGCAAGCGCAUUUUGCCAAUGGAAGAUGAUGAUGUAGCCACCUUUGUUCAAAAGCUGCUCGAAGCCAAAGGGGUGAAUUUUCAUCAUCAUUCUGCCUUGGAGAGUAACAAAGUGGAAAAUGGAAAGUUUCAUUACACCUUACGUGACGUACAAGAUAAUAAACUUACAACUCACGUGGUGGACAAUGCAUUGGUUUCCAUCGGAAGAGAGCCAAACUUGAAUGGGAUAGGGUUAGAAAAGAUUGGUAUUGUGCUAAAACAGGGUAGGUUGCAGAAAGAUCAAUUUAAUCGUGUGGCACCUCACAAACAUAUUUAUGCUUGUGGAGAUGUAAGUACAAAAGUAGCUCUUGUUAAUGUGGGUGAGUUAGAAGGACGUUCCUGUAUUGAGCACAUGUACCUUCCUUAUAUGGAGGGGGAAUUUAUCCAGAGGUUGGAUAAUUUAUCAACAAUUAUGUUUCUUGAUCAAGAAGUUGCGGCAGUUGGUUUAAAUGAACAACAGUGCCGAAAACAAAAUAUAGCAUACAAAAUGGCUCGCUAUGGUUAUGAAUUUGUAAGCCGUGCUGUGGCUAUGGGGAAUACGAAAGGUUUUGUGAAGUUGAUAGUAACAAAUGAUCAUAAAAUGCAAGUUCUUGGCGUUCGAGCUAUUGGACCUCACGCAAGUAGUGUUGUCGAAUUAGCUUCACUGGCAAUUCAUUAUCGAGAAUCGAUUUACAAUUUAAGUGAGCUUCACACGGCUUAUCCUGCCAUGGCACAGGGUUUUCAGGAGUGCGUAAACAUGCUGCUAGGAUCUUCAACACUAAAACCCAAUGUGUUUCCCCAGCUUAUUCUGCAAGAGUGGUAUCCCCCAAAUUUUGAACGAGGUAGGGUGUAUCAAGGUGAGUAG